UUCUCACACUGUGAGCUAUUAUGAAUUUUGAUAUUGUGACUAUAUUAUAUUUUACAAUAGGAUGGAUCCUCAGACUUGUUGGACUAUCCUUAUGAGUUUCUUUUUCUACUUCAUAAGAACAUUUUACGUCAUCUGUAAGGGAACGCUACACACCCUAAUGUUCUAACGUCGACUAUUUGUCAGAUAGGUCUUUUGUCAGAUCAUUAUUUAAUAGCCCACCAACCAAUGGCGCCUAGGUUUGGAUUAUAUCCCGUCCGGUGUUUUUCAAAUUAUUUAGUCACAUGGCAAGAUCACAUGGCGGAUUGACCAAUCCCUCACAUGACUAAGUCACUUUGAUUGUGAACGUUUGUGAUAAGGUGCAACACUCAAGGUCCAGUAGGAAGUGUUAUCAGGCCAGUUCAGUGUUAUAUCAGUGACUGUGGCACUACUUUGGCUCAGUUCAAUGUUGUGUUUACUCAAGAACGACGUACGAGUGGUGUUAAGGCGGCAGAAAUGGACUACAGCCUAUUGAGGGCUACAACCCCCGAAGAUAAGAUGAGAGUGGACGAGUUUGUCCGGGAACACUUCCUCCCUGACAUGCCACUGAUCAGAGUGUUCGGCGUGGAGGAUCUCCCGCCACCGCGCGAAUCCACGCCCCCGCAGACAGAGACAGCCCAGCAGAAGGGAGACUUCUGUGUCAUGGCUCAGAACAACCAGGGUGAUAUUGUUGGUGUCGCUAUCAACAGAAUCAUCCCACCUUGUCGUCCAUUGGCUUCGGACACCCUGGAAGAUAAAAAGGACAAGUAUAACUUUCGUCAUAAACAGCAAAACAGUUUUGGCGGUCAAGUUCAUUUGAAGAAAUCAAAAAUGCUGGAGAUGAUAGAGUUCAUGGACUGGGUGGAGGUGGAGGCGCGGCUAGACACGCUGCCACAGAAGACGAUAGAGCUGCGAGUGUUGGCGGUCCACAGGGAGUGGCGACGACGAGGAGUCGCCCGCAGACUGGCGGAGGAGAGUGUCAGACAAGCCAGGGAGGCAGGUCACCAGGCGAUCAGGACGUGUUGUACCAGCGAGUAUACGGCGAGACUGGCUCGCUCUCUGGGUUGGAGACAGCAUUACUGUCUGCGCUACCUGGACUACCCUGGUGAUGUGCAGCUGACUCCUCACCAGACACAUGAAUAUGUGUACUACUACGUCACCGAGCUGGACCAGGAGAAGGAAUGGGAGAUUGUGUUUAUCGAGGAUUACUAUGCGUGAACGGUUGGCUUAGGCAUUUUGUGAGUGUAACCAUAGCCGCCUAUUCCUAAACUGCAGCGUUGAAGUGUGGCAACGUCGCUCCGGCCGGCCUGUUGCUAUGCCAAUAACACUAAUAACACACUUUCAGUAGGCCAGGGUUGCGGCGUUGCCACUUUUUUCUCCCCGCGGCCCUGUAUUAGAGGAGGCAAUGGGGUAACCCACAGAGGAAACCAAGUGUAUACUAGUUCGAUUCUGUGAUGACAAAACAUGGUCACUAACGAGAGAAAGGGAAAUGAGUUGACCUGACGGAGCUUUUCUGAUAUGUAUAUUACUUAAUUGAUUAAGACCAACUGUUGUAUCAGAGCUAUAAAGUAACCUGUUACACAAAUAGCUCUAAAGGAACUAAACUUUUUGGGUAAAUUUUAUUAGGGUACUACUUCUAGCAAGUACAAAACAAAUUUGGUCGAAAAUUCUUUAUAACCGGUUCUAUUUACUACUGGUACAGAGCAACUGUUCUAUAGAGUCUAACUUUUAUCUCUAGAUAUAAUACAAGUACUAGCUCUAGAACAACGAGUUCAAUGUACUGUUCUUUAUUGAAAUUACUAGCCACAAGCACUAGAGUAACAGGUACGAAGUACUGCAUCUUUCAGUUAAUGUUUUACCUACUACCAUUGACUCUACUACUUUAAAUAGUAUUUUUAUCGGCAUACUAUAGCUGUAAAGCAACUUGCAACUGUUUACAUAAUCACUAAAAAUGUUUUUAAUUGUAACUUUAUUUUAAAGUAGUUAUAUUGUACAUGGUCCUAUUUUGUCUUUGUCGAGUGUAAAUAAUUGUAAAUUUGUAAAGUUAUGUAAAUGUUUAUAUUUAUUAACUGCCAAGUGUAAAUAAGUAUCAAAUAAAAUGUUUUAUAUUUCA